CCAAGGCAAGGGGAAACAAAAGGCCAAAGAGCCAGUUGUGGACUUGGGGGAGUCUUCUGAUGAGAACGAUAUGGCUACUCCCAACAUCUUUGAUCUAUACAACACUGAGGAGGAAGAAGAAGUCCCUCAGCACCGAAGGAGGUCGUCGAGGAGACAGGCCGGCGAAACAAGCCAAAGACCGGCCAAGAAGAGCCGAACUGAGGACCCUCCCAGGGACGUGCCAGCUGGGUAAACUCCUAUUCAUCCUCCGGCCCAAGUCGAGAAAGAGACUCCUCCCGCCCCAAAGAUCCCUCCUCCGGCACCAAAGAACCCUCCUUCGGCUGCGCCCAGCAGGGAGCAAGAUAGGCGGGAAGAGACCCUUGGGGCUAAACUCUCAGGCCGUGCCGUACGAGCAGCAAAGGACCGCAUUGCGUACAUUGAGAAAAAUGACCGUGUCAAGGAUGCAAUGGUCGAGGUAGAAAGUAUGACAGUCGACCUGAUCCUAAACAGGACCUUGAAUGAAAUUUCUAGCGCCUUGCUGUCUGCUACUACUGCUCGUACCCGUGCCCAGGCUUCCAUCAAGCAAGCUAAGGCAAAGGCCAUUGAGGGGUAUCAGGUGAAGGCAGCCGAGGAGCUUUCGGCUGUAGAGGCCAGGCACGCCAAGGAGUUGGAAGCGAUGGCUCGAGAGAGGGACGCUGUGGUGACAAGGUUGUCAGAGGUUGAGGCUGCAAAGGAAGCUGCUAUAAAGUUGAGGCAGGACUAUCAAGAUGCCAGCCGCACCCACCUUCGCGAAAUCAGAAGGUUGGAAGAGGUGCUCAAACCCAAGGACGAGGCCAUUGCCACUCUUGAUGGCAAAGUGAAGCAGCUGGAGGCUGACAACUCCAAAAAUCUGGAAAGGUACAAGAAGACGACGCUCCGAUGUUUCUACAACUUCUGGAAACACAAUCAGGGAGCCGACUUCAGUUAUCUUUCAGAGGAGAUCAGGGCUGUUGAGCUGGCACGCUAGGAUUCCUGCUUCCCCAAGCCUGGCUGGUGCUGAAGAAGAAAGCGCUGUUGAGGAUACUGUCACCCAUAAUGCUGCCAAGGACCCUCCGGCCCCAAAUGCCUCUUGAACUUUUUCAUUUAUUUUUUCUUUCCUUUUGAUUAUACGACCCACGGGUCGUGAUGUAAAGACAAUAUUUUCGUUUUAAACUUUGAUGUACGGGCAGUAAAUCUUUUUUCUUUUACUUGAACAAUUACAUCUAAGCAGUGAUGCUUGCGGUGUAAAAGAUUGCACGAUGCUAUAAUAUUUUCAUUUAUUAUAACAUUUGUCCGUAUGACCGAACUUAGCAUAGUACUUUGGCAUGAUUUAACAAAAUAUAAAUUUUGAAAAAUAUUCUAAGUA